UUUCCGCGCACAGCAACUAAAGAAAUUGCCACUCGAAAAGCGCGGAGAAGUUUAUUUAUUUUCACCAAGGACAGAAAGAUGCCGACUGAGUGAAGAUGAGCAUUUACAGAAAACCUGCAAUCGUUUAAAUGUGACUUUUAGGUGGGAAUGUUUGACUGGAGGUGCAUCUCCUCAACUUGAAAGAAGACAUCAUACACCUUUUGCAAAGGGUGACUAUUGGUGACGUCAGACGAUGGCCUACACUUUGGGCUCAGCCAUUGAGGGCCAGACACGUGGUGUAGGACCUCAGCACUGCGUCACACGGGUGGAGCUUUCUGUUACUGCUGCCAAUCUUCUGGACCGCGAUGUAGCCUCCAAGUCUGACCCGUUCUGUGUUCUCUUCCAUGAAGUGGAUGGGAACUGGGUGGAGCUUGGCCGGACUGAAACAGCUGUUAAUAACUUAAACCCAGUUUUUGGAGUGAAGUUCCAGGUGGACUACCACUUUGAGGAGAUCCAGAAGCUGCGCUUUGCCAUGUUUGAUGAAGACAAGUGUGCCACACAGCUCUAUGAACAUGAUUUCUUGGGAGAAUAUGUUUGCACUCUUGGAGUUAUUGUGUCCAAUAAGAAACUUCACCGGCCGUUGAUCUUAGCUAACGGGAAACCAGCUGGCAAAGGAUCCAUCACUAUUACAGUCCAGGAGCUGUCUGACAACAGAAUCAUCACUUUGACCCUUAGUGGGCGUAAACUGGACAAGAAGGACUUCUUUGGGAAGUCAGACCCUUAUCUGGAAUUUCAUAAACAGGGGGAAGAUGACAAAUGGAUGCUGGUGCACAGGACAGAGGUCAUAAAGAACACUUUAGACCCCUCGUGGAAACAGUUUACUGUGCCUCUAGUUUCUCUCUGUAAUGGAGAUGUCGACAGAAACAUCACGGUCUUGUGUUAUGACUAUGACAAUGAUGGUGGCCAUGACUUCAUUGGAGAAUUCCAAACGACAGUGGCCAAGAUGAGUGAGGCGCAGAACUCAGUGGAGGUGGAAUUUGAGUGCAUCAACCCAAAGAAACAAAAGAAGAAGAAGAAUUAUAAAAAUUCUGGCGUUAUUAUCCUCAAAUCAUGUAAGAUUACAAGGGACUACACUUUCCUGGAUUACAUACUUGGAGGAUGCCAGCUCAUGUUUACUGUUGGUAUAGACUUCACAGCAUCCAACGGGAACCCGAGAGAGCCUUCUUCCCUCCAUUACAUUAACCCACUGGGAAGCAAUGAGUAUCUUGCUGCUAUCUUAGCUGUUGGACAAAUCAUACAGGACUAUGACACGGACAAAAUGUUUCCUGCUUUGGGAUUUGGAGCCCAACUCCCACCGGACUGGAAGGUGUCACAUGAAUUUGCAAUCAACUUUAACUCCACAAACCCUUUCUGUUCAGGUGUGGAGGGUAUUGCACAGGCUUACUCUGCUUGUCUUCCCCACAUCCGUUUUUACGGGCCAACAAACUUUGCUCCAAUUAUUAAUCACGUAGCCCGUUUUGCAGCCCAGGCCCUGCAACAAGAAAAGGCGGCGCAGUACUUCACUCUCCUCAUUAUAACAGACGGCGUCAUCAGUGACAUGGAUGAGACACGUCAUUCCAUCGUUGAGGCAUCCAAGCUGCCCAUGUCCAUCAUCAUCAUCGGUGUGGGCAAUGCGGACUUUGCUGCCAUGGAGUUUUUAGAUGGAGACUCCAGUGUGUUGAGGUCCAACACAGGGGAGGAGGCUGUUCGAGACAUUGUGCAGUUUGUUCCCUUUAGAGAUUUUCGUAAUGCCCCUAAGGAGACCCUCGCCAAGUCCGUCCUGGCAGAGCUGCCUCAGCAGGUCACUCAGUACUUUAAACAGCGGAACCUUCCACCCACCAACUCAGCACCGGAGUGAGAUGAGUGAGAAAAUGACUGCUCACACCCUGUAAAAAAAAGCUCGUUCACAAAGGCCAGUGCACAUCGAAAGUGUGUGAAUUAAACAUCGGCAAAUUCCUCGUAUGUCGAACACGUCAUUUCAGCAUUUUUUUCUUUAAAAGAGAGAUUCGUAGAUAUUUAAAAUGAAUCCAUCAAAAGUGGUGGUUCUGUUUUACGUUUUCAAGACCAGUGAUAAAAACGUAUGUGAACCCCAGGUAAAACACUGCUCAAUUUCAAGGGAGGAAAACUCUUAUUGUUGCGGAUGUCAGUGUUUUGCUUUUUGCACGAGUCUUGUGAUUGAUACCAUGUGAUUCUUACUUUGUGGUGUAAUCUGCUUGGCGGAAAUCAGUAACUGUCUGUACACAGCUUUUUCAGGUGGCAGUCAUACAGAAGAAGGCUGAUUUGUGGUGGACCCUACCCACUUGUUUCCCAAUUUGUAGGUAGAGAAGUUAUUCAAUGUGAAUGGGAGGAGGGUGAGGCUGCUGGGGUAGCAGCUGUAGCACUAAAAUACAUGACAGCUGUGGGAUGCUGCUCUUCAAUAUGGGACGAUUUUGCCAGCUCUGUGUUACAGCUUUGGAUCAUCCUGCAUGUUACCAGUCACUGUUUACAAAUGAACAAAGACCAUAUAACGCAUGAUGUUUUUGUGUGUGUGUUGCAGAUUAUGUAAAUACUGUAAUGAAACAUGAGGGUUCGGUCACACUUUGAUAGCAUUAUUUGAGAAAAAAAUAAUUCAGAAUGUGCACAAGCAGUUUGUGAUAUACAUACAGUAUUAGAUUGAUUGUCUAUUCAUAUGAUGUAAUAUGUAUUGAUAAGCUACAUAUUUGUCAAUGUUUUAUGCUGUGCAGACUUGUGUAAUUACACUUAUUAAAAUG